AUGAAAAUGCUGCAGAGAAGUUUAAAGGCCCUCCGUUACGAUACCUUGCUACUAACCAAAUUUCGCCUCCAUGUGCCGGCAUUCGAUAUAGACCUCGGCCAAGCCUAUGAGAUUCUUUCCGAACCUGAUAAAAGAAAAGUCUAUGACCAAUAUGGUCUAGAUUUCAUACUCCGUGGCGGCGGAGCCCCCCCUCCGAAUGAUGAAAGCAAGCCGGAAGAACCCACAAAGCCGAAAGACCACCAACAAGUACCCUCCGGAACACCCAAAUUCCGACGACACAAUACUGAUGGAUACGGAUAUUCUGGGGGAAUGCCCCCGCCCCAUGGAACACCCAGCAGGACGUACACAUACUCGAGUUCGAGGGGUGGAGUUGGUGGAUAUGCGUCAUUCGACGAGUUUAAAGUCUUCAAUACUUUCAUGGCGUCAUAUGGCGAUGAUUCGUAUGGUGGGGCCCCACCGAUGUAUGGUGCUAUCCCAGGGAUGCAUGGUAUUCCUGGGAGUCCGAUGCCGAGGGAACAUUUAUCGGAGGGCAAUAAUAGUCCGUAUAUUAAAUCGAGGUACAGGGAGGAGAGGGAUAGUAGGAGAGAGAGGGAGCGGGAACGAUAUCGAGAGAAAGAAGAACGGGAGAGAGAUAGAGAUAGGGAUAGGUAUGUCAGUGAUACGGUCAACGGAAGGAGCAUCGAAAGGGACGGCUAUAGGGAUAGCCACCGAGAUAGCCACCGAGACCGGGACUCGAAGCAUGGAAAGUCGAAUGGGAAAGGAAAUGUGUCUGUUGUGGAAAGGAAGUUGCCAAUUUCGUUAGAAGAAAUUUUCAAGGGUGUUCAGAAAAAGUUACUUAUCAAGAGAAAGGCUUUUGAUGCAGACCAAAAAAUGAUCACCGAAGAAAAGAUCCUCGACAUUGCGGUUAGAGCAGGAAUGAAAGCAGGAUCUAAAUUCAAGUUUACCGGAGUUGGCGACGAAGUCUCAGACGGCGGCAUGCAGGAUUUACACAUCAUUCUCGAGGAGAAACCCCAUGAGAGGUUUACCCGCGACGGUGAUGACCUAAUCACGACUAUCGACAUUACACUAAAAGAUGCAUUGACAGGUUGGUCGAGUCAUGUCGUCAAUAUCGAGGGUUUCUCGAUUCCCGUUUCACAUGCUGGACCUACACCUCCUAACUGGUCCACCACCUUUCCGGACCACGGGAUGCCAAAAGCGAAAUCCAAAGAUCGUGGCAAUCUUGUUGUUAAAGUUAACAUCAAAUUCCCCACCUCCCUCACGUCCGAGCAAAAGGAAAAGCUGAAGGAAAUCUUAUAA